AUGGUCUUCUCGGGCGAAUUCCACCCUUUCCGCCUUCCAGUUCCUGGGUUAUGGCUAGAUGUCUUCCAAAAGAUCAAAAGCAUGGGUUUUAAUGGCGUCUCCUUCUACACAGACUGGGGUCUUUUGGAAGCCAACCCAGGAAAUGUUAUGAUCGGCGACAACGGUGUUAACAAUAACACUGAUAUCUGGAAUCUUGAUGAAUUUUUUGCUGCUGCCUCUGAGGCCGGAAUCUAUCUCAUCGCGCGGCCCGGUCCAUAUAUCAACGCCGAAACAUCUGCGGGGGGUAUCCCUGGAUGGGUCCUACGUAUCAAAGGAGUCAUUCGAUCAAUAAGUCCAGACUAUGUGGCUUCCAUCAAGAACUAUAUGUCGAAAGUUGGAAAGAUCAUUGCCGAUGCACAGAUCACGCGAGGGGGGCCGGUUAUCAUGGUCCAACCAGAGAAUGAGUAUACUACCUGGCCAGGACUGACAGAGGAGGAAUUCCCAUCGCAGAUGAACCGUGCGGUUAUGGCGUUGAUGGCGGAAGAGUUGCGUGCUGCGGGGGUGGACGUGCCCAUGGCAAUGAAUGACAACGAAGUGGAAGGAUACUUCGCACCCGGAACCGGACUGGGUGAGGUAGAUAUCUAUGGAAUCGAUGCUUACCCCAUGCGGUAUGACUGUGCACAUCCGGAUGUUUGGCCAACGUACAGGUUUCCUUACGAUUGGAAUAUCUUGCAUGAAGAGCAGAGUCCCUCGACACCGUUUACAAUUAUGGAGUUUCAAGGAGGGGGAGGAGUCACUGAGGAAGGAUGUGCAAUGCUGGUCAAUCACGAAGCCUCUCGAGUGGUAUAUAAGAACAAUUACAGCUUUGGAGUCAAGAUCUUCAACAUCUACAUGACCUAUGGUGGUACAAACUGGGGCAAUCUGGGAUACCACGGCGGUUAUACCUCCUAUGACUACGGUGCCUCCAUCGCCGAAGACCGAACCCUCACACGUGAAAAGUAUAGCGAACAGAAACUGCAAGCCAACUUUUUCAAAAUAUCACCCGCCUAUCUAACGGCAACCCCAGGGAUUGGCAAGAAUGGAUCAUACACAGACAACCCAGGAAUCGCUGUCACUCCCCUGGUUGGAAAUGGCACCGAAACCAAUUUCUACGUUGUUAGACAUGCUGAUUUCACAUUCACGGGCAGCGCGAGAUACAGACUAACUGUGUCGACCAGUAUCGGUAACGUCACCAUCCCACAGCUGCAUAAUGCAACAUUGUCAUUGAACGGACGUGAUUCCAAGUUACACGUCACAGAUUAUGAUGUUGGAGGCAUCAACAUGAUCUAUUCCUCAGCGGAAGUAUUGACUUGGGCACAUAGUCUUGGCUCAACCCGCGUACUGGUUCUAUAUGGUGGACAGGAUGAAGUGCAUGAAAUUGCCUUCUCGCAGGCCUUAUCCAAACCAGUCAUUCUCGACGGACCAGUCUCUGGUAUUGUAAUCAGACAACUACAGGGUUCAUGGGUUAUUCAAUGGAGAGUAACCGCUACUCCUAGGGUGAUCCAAAUGGGAGAUCUCGAGCUUCAUCUUCUAUGGCGUAAUGAUGCGUACAAUUACUGGAUACUAGAACCACCAGCUGUGGAGCCUAUAGGCAACUACAGCUCACCAUCAAAAGAUCUCAUCAUUGUGAAAGCAGGGUACCUCGUUCGGACUGCAAUAAUUCAGAACAACCUCCUUGUUUUGAGUGGAGAUCUUAAUGCAACAACCGCCAUUGAGGUCAUAUCCACGCCACAAGAAGUACAUGGUGUAGUGUUUAAUGAUCAAUUGCUCAACACUACGCUUUCAUCCAGGGGAAAACUUCAUGGGCUCAUCCAGUACAAUCCGCCCACAAUUUCCCUUCCCACUCCCCAUGAUCUUGAAUGGCGAUAUCUCGAUUCCCUUCCGGAGAUUGGUCCCUCCUACGAUGAUGAGGCCUGGACAGUUCUCAAUCAAUCUUGGACCAACAACCCUCGGAACCUCACUACUCCAACAUCCCUUUAUGCGCUUGACUACGGCUACCACACUGGAUCUCUCCUUUACCGAGGGCACUUUAUUGCUAACGGGCAGGAGAGCUUCCUUUUCCUAAAUAUCUCCGGCGGAGCGGGCUUCGGGUAUUCCAUCUGGUUGAACGAUAAAUAUCUCGACUCUUGGACAGGAAGCAGCGAUAGUUCGUUCUAUGCGCAGAAUAUUUCACUUGUUCCUACUGCUAACCUUAUAUCUCUCUCUCUGGGAAAGCCCUACACCAUCAGCAUCCUAAUUGACCACAUGGGGUACGACGAGGAGGCCCCAGGUACAGACGCAAUUAAGUUCCCGCGUGGCAUCUUAGACUACUCACUUUCUGGCCAUGAACAUCACUCUGACCUCCGCUGGAAGAUGACGGGAAACCUUGGUGGCGAACAGUAUUACGAUCUCAUCCGUGGCCCUCUCAACGAGGGAGCCAUGUUCGCUGAACGACAGGGCUACCAUCUACCCUCUCCUCCGAGCAAUACAUGGGAGAUGCGAAGCCCGUUUACGAAAGGUAUCGAGAAGCCAGGGGUUGGGUUCUUCACCACAUCCUUCCCUCUGGAUCUACCGACAGGAUACGACAUUCCGUUACGGUUUGUAUUUGCAUUCAAUGGCUCAACGGACGACGUACAUACGCGAAAUUAUCGCUGUCAACUAUAUGUGAACGGCUUUCAGUUUGGGAAAUUUGUCAAUAACCUUGGCCCGCAAACGGAUUUCCCUGUGCCCGAGGGGAUCCUGAACUACAACGGGAUCAACUAUAUAGCAGUGACGCUGUGGGGCCUAGACGGGGAAGCGAUGCUUGGGCCAAAUGGCUUGCAACUAGUGGCGUCGCGCCCUAUUUGGUCAGGGUAUCGGAAACCAGUUGCGGUGGAGUGGCCAGGAUAUGUGACGAGAAGGGGGGCAUACUAA